AUAUUUAGGCGGGGCGGGGCGGGCCGGGCCGGUGACAACCGCCAUCACCGAUCGAAACUGAAAGUGCUGACAAAACCGCCAUCACCGAUUGAAUCCUCCAUUCGAUUCCCGCCGGACUUCCCGGAUUUUCUGCUUAUUUCUCAACCUCCUUUUUUUCGCAAAUCCGAUAACAGGGAACAAGAGUAUUAGAUGAAAGAUGACCGCUGAUGAUCAACAAAUAGAAUGCCCCUUUACUUGUCAAAAAGAGGAGGAAGACAGAGAUUUCGAUCUGGCAAAUGCCGAGCCCGACGCCCCUUUGCCCCUCACUGUCACUUCAAGGGUGUUGUUCAUGUUGGGUGACAUUACAGCUGGGCCCGCCUAUCGGUUUGCGCAAUGGCUUGAGCUUGUCCGCAGGCGGAGCAGCAAGUAUCGGGCCUCGGGCUUCCCACACAGGCCAUAUUACUACACUGAGAGUAGCAGCGCACCCAUGAGCCUAGAAGAAAAUAGUGUUGGUGUAAAAACUUCUCCACCGGAGCAAGCAACAGAAAUCAGUUUGUGGGAAAGGCUUGGUAAAGCCGACAUGUUGGACAUUGAAUCAAGCUCCUUUUCCUGGAAUGCACUGUCUUCUCUUCACCAUACAGAGCACAGCAGUACUAGUGAACAGUCUGAGGAUGAGAUGAACAAAGCACUCGAGGUUACUGUUAAUUCUGGUGGUGUUGUUUUCUUCGCCCUAUUUAGCCAACCGGAUUCUGAUGAAUCUUCUACUAGGGAAGCCGCAGCUGUCAUAAAGUUCUCAUCAUCAAGGAUGGCUACUCAAUCAGAACGGCUUGGCUAUGAAUUUGCCAAGUGGCUUGGGGUCCAAACUCCACAAGUUGUAUCUUCUUACUUCUAAUAGUUACUUGUUUAUUGAUCUAAAAAUGAAGUUUCUCAUUCGUGCGACUGUGUAAAAAAAAAAUGCAGGCUAGAGUGAUUCACAAUGCCAGUCCCGAGUGGCUGCAAAUUAAAGAGGCUGCAGAAAAAGCUAGGGAUGCCGCUACAGCAGAAGGGGAUGAAAUUGUUGAAAUGACUUGUUCAGAACUUUUGGAAGCUCUUGAGCUUAGUCGUUGUCUGCUCAUGAUGAAUUAUGUACACGGAUCUCCUUUACUAGAAAGCACAAGCGUUUUCGAGUCACGUGAAGUUGCCGAAAAGACUGCAGCAGCCCUCGGUAGAAUUCUGCUGUUAGACCUUGUCAUAAGGAAUGAGGAUCGUCUUCCUUGUCGCCAUUUGAGAUGGCGUGGAAACUUUGCCAACUUGCUACUGGCUGAAAAGGCAUCCUAUGCAAAUGUGGAUGCACUCGAGGUGGCCUUUGACUCUGCAAUCAAGAAAUACAGGCCCAAGGUAAUCCGAGCACUUCAAAAAGAACGAAGGGCAACUUCAGUAGACAGUCGCUUAAGCCCUCCUCAACCAGGACUUGUAUCACAGACUUCUGAUGUUUCCGAUAUAACAGAAUCAUCCCCGAAAUCUAGCAAUAUUAGUGUAAGGAGUCUCUCCCUUAACGAGUCAGCCUGUCCGGAUUUACACAUUGUGGCAAUAGACUCUGGGGUACCUCGAAGGCCACCAGCCGGAAAGCGUGCGAAUGACCAGGAAAACUAUCCAAAGCUAGUCGAGCUCCUCAUAAACAGCUCCGAAUAUGCAUCAGAACUCUUGCAUGAUAUAACCGGGGGUAAAUUAGGGACUUCAUCAGGAAAUGCCGAUCAAACAACUGAUUUCCGCGAAGGCGAAAUGAAUUCAGUCGUGACAGGUGUGAGUGAAUUCAGACGCGGGUUCCGAGCUGCCCUCAGGGACUUGGAGGGAUUUCAUAUAUUCCUUAUUACCCUUCACCAGAAGCUUGAUGGGCUUUUGCGUGCAUUUCUUGGCAUAAUUAAUAAAUCAUCUUUUGGGGAGCUCGAGAAAGAAGAUUUGGUGGUCUCCGAAUCUCCACCACAGGUUAAAGGGACAGAGGUAAACUGUUCGUCCCCACCCAGUCGGGAACGAGUCCUUGGUGAUUGCUCUUCAGAUUUGAAUGAUUCGGAAUUAAGGAGAACACCUUUAAGGCCAUCAUCUGUGGGGCAUAGAGAAAGUUUAGAUAGUUGUUCUCCAAUGCCACGUGAAAGUUGUCAUGGGAAGUUGAGCAAGGGGAAUAAUGAGGUCUUUCGUAGCUUGAGGCUGACAUCAAAGCUCCGUGACUUCCACAGAUUUGCAAAGGUGGAUGCAGAGUUGAACAAAGAGUUAGAACAAUGGAAUGAUAUGCUUAAGAAUGAUGCAAUUAAACUGUGCCAGGAGAAUAAUUUCACCACUGGGUUUUUUGAAGGUAGCGAUAGCAAUUAUGUGGUUGACGCUUAUGAGUUGAAGGUCAGGCUGGAGCAUAUUCUUGAGAGGAUAGGCCUUAUAUCUGAUGCAGCAAACACAGAGAAGCCAUCGCGAAUAUCAGACAGUUUAUUUAUCGGUGGUGCACUUGCUGCAAGAUCCAUGUACACUUUACAGCUUUUAGGGAUUACACAUAUUUUAUGCUUGUGCUCGAAUGAGAUUGGACAGGCAGAUUCUCAGUUUCCUGAGCUAUUCAAGUACAAGAAUUUUUCGAUAUGUGACAAUGAGGACACCAACAUCAGCGAAAUUUUCCAAGAAGCUCACGAUUUCAUCGAUCACGUCGAAGAAACAGGUGGGAAAGUGUUGGUUCAUUGCUUUGAAGGCAAGAGCAGGAGUGCAACACUAGUUCUCGCAUAUUUGAUGCUCAGAAAAAACUUCACUCUGUUGCAAGCAUGGAAUGCCCUGAAGCGGGCCCACCGUAGGGCCCAGCCCAAUGACGGGUUUGCAAGGAUACUUGUGGAAUUAGACAAAAAGUUGCACGGCCAAGUCUCGAUGGAGUGGCAGCAGAGGAGGCCAUCAAUCAAAGUGUGCCCUAUCUGUGGGAAAAACGCGGGCCUCAGCAGCAGCUCAUUGAAGCUGCACUUGCAGAAAGCGCACAAGAAGCUGUCGUCUGGCAGUGUGGACAGCGCCAUGAAUAUGGAAAUACAGAAGGCACUCGACGCUCUUAAAAUAAGUCGUGGUGGGAGCGUAAGCCCCACUCAGAGACUUUCUCACUCGAUGACUGACGAAUAAGUGAAAGUUUUUUUUGAGGUAAUUGAGAAUCGGGAAUCGGGUUUUGCCUUUUGUGAAUGUUUUGGAGUGUGCAGAUUGUGCCUUGACCGAGUGGUUGAAGAAGAGAAGACGAGUUAAGAGGUUGAGAGUUUUUAAUGGCUCCAGUGUACUUAAGAUUGGCUGUUGUAGUUGUCCAGAAGUUAAAGGAGAAAAGAAAAUGGCUGUUGUAUAAUGUUACUUUGUGACCGUUAGUACCAAUUUCAAAAGCUCGUUCUUUCAGCUUCCUGUGAUGGGAAUCAGCCACAAGGCUGGGCCGGUUUUGAACUAUGACCCGCUCACAAAGAAAACCCAUUUGACCCGGUAGGAAUCAGCAAACCCGAUUUAAAAUUGUUGGUCGGAUCAUUUUUAUUUAAAUUAUAAUCCAAUGUAUUGCUU